CGCUUCUCCUGCCUGGCCCUCUUUGUCCGGCGGCGACAGUAGGCCGUGAUUAAUAUGGCAAAAUUUGCGUUUUCGUAUGAAUUAUUAGUUUAAGCUGUAUCACAACAGAAAGCAUAUACCAUGUGAGGACUGGUAUGUCGGCAAUGACACACCGGAGAUGUUCAUAUUAACGGACUGCAGCGCAAGCAACGCCGGAGAAAGGUCAUAUUAAUGGCUGCCGAAUCGGGGAGACUACUGGCGGGACAAGGCCAAGGAAAGCGAGGCAAAGGUGGACAGAUGAAGAGCCCAGAGAAGAGGAAGAGAAAAUCCAACACUCAGGGGGCUGGUGGCGCGUUCUCCCACCUCUCUGAGUUUGCGCCCCCUCCCACCCCCAUGGUGGACCACCUGGUUGCCUCCAACCCGUUUGACGAUGACUUUGGCCCCCCGUCACUGCCGUCCCGACCUGGUGGGGCUGGAGGUCCAGGAGUGGGUCCCUUCAUCCCGAGCCCUGGGGCAGGUGGGGGAGGGGGGCCGUAUGGGGGUGGAGGCAGGAUAGGCCCCGGGGGCAUGGGCUUCAUGGGGGGCCCAGGGGGAGGCCAUGGAGGACCAGGACGGAGACCGCCCUUCGGCCCAGGACCACCCAACGCAGGACCGCACCACCAGCUGGGGUUUGGGGGGAUGCCUGGCUUUGGGGGUGGAGGUGGCGGAGGAGGUUUCCCGGUACCCGGAGGUCCGUCGCAAUUUAACAUGCCCCCCAAUUUCAGUCCGCCCAUGCACCCGGGACCGGGGUUCAACCCCAUGCUAUCCCCUGGUGGUAUGGGGGGUCCUGGAGGAGGGGGGCCACCGCACCCUCGGUUUGGGAUGCCCCCGCAGCAACAGCACAGACAGGGUGGCCACCCCUUCAACAGCCCCCCUUUGCCCGGUGGCGGAGGCCCCAGGGGACCCCCCCAUGGCCCUAUGAACCCCAUGGGGGGCAUGCCUGGAGGGAUGAACAUGAUGGGGGGCAUGAGCGUUGGCCCAGGAGGAAACAUGGGAGGGAUUCCAGGUCUACCCCCUCAAGGACAGUUCCCUCCUUCACAAGAUGGCCCAUACCCAGGCCUCAGCCCCCCUGGCCCAGGGAACGAGGAGGGGAAGAACUUUGGCGGAGGUGGGCCCCAGUCUGGGCCUCCGCAGCAGCCUAACUUAAACCCCUCUGGUCCACCAGGUCCCAACAACACUCCCCCCGGGCCUCCCAACUCUGGCCCUUCCCAGCCUGGAGGAGGCUUCCCUGACCAGCAGCCCAAACCCAACACGCCCGGCCAGCCCCCCUCAGCACCGCCCCAGCCCAACCCCAACUCCUCCCCCACCGGCCCCCUCAACGGCUCCCAGCCCCUGCAGCCACCACCCAAUCAGCUGCAGGGGCCCAACUCUGCUAACGCCCCCUCCUCCAAUAACCCGUCCCAGCAACAGUCGACUCCGCCCAAUUCUGCCCUUGGCUCCACCCCUUACAACCAGCAGAACAACGCCCCUGGUGGAGGCCCCAUGCCCAAUGCUCCCCCCAACUCUGCCCAGAACAACAUGACCAACAACAGUGGGGGUAACACCCCCGGCAGCAACCCCAACCCCCCUUCCAACUCCACCCCCAACACCCAGUCUCCGCUGCCCCCCGGCCCAGCUAACCCCUCCACCGGCCCAGGCUCCGGUCCAGGGAAGCUGGGCGGCCCGGGCAUGGUUUUCCCCUGCGGCUUCUGCCUGUCGGAGGUGCACGACGACCAGGAUGCCAUCUUGUGUGAGGCAUCGUGCCAGCGCUGGUUCCACCGUGACUGCACUGGCCUGACGGAGCCGGCCUACGGACUGCUGACCCGAGAGAGCUCUGCUGUCUGGGCCUGCGACUUCUGCCUCAAGACCAAGGAGAUCCAAGCUGUGUACGUCCGCCAGGGCCUGGGCCAGCUGGUGGCUGCCAACGAGGGCUGAGGAACGGAAGGCAGAAAAGAAGAGACUGGGAGGGAGGGAGGGAGGGGUGCAGGGGAAGAGACAUCGACUGCUCUGAUCUCUCUCGGAAUGGUUUGGCUGGGUUUCCCAAAAGAAUCGUAGCACUAAGAUCAUCUUAAUUCCAUUGAAACUCAAUGGACGAAAGAUGAUCUUAGUGCUACGAUGCUUUUGGGAAACCCAGCCCUGGUCUACCCGCCAGCUACUCACCCAACCUUAUCUGACAAGCUCUUUACAAUGCCUGAUUUAAAUCUCUCUCUUACAUACAUAAACACACUUACAUUAAGCACUUUUAGUGACUCUUUUGGACUGAACAACUGAUUUCCCCCUACAUGACAAAUGUCCACUCCACAUGAACCCCCUUGACAUCUGGCCUGCUGACCAGCAAUGCACUGACACCAACACACUACCUCACACUUUGUGACUGACCGACACGGGCCCCUCGCACUGACACACUGACUGACUGACCCCUGGUGAGAGCGUGGUUACCUCACACACAGACACACACACCCCUGGUUCUGACCCAGAGCAGAUGAAUCCAAAGGUGAUCCAAACCGCCCCUCAAUGUACUAGACUGUCCUCCCUCUGACACCUCCAGAGAGAGAAUGAAUGUCGCCACAGAAAAGUGUAGAUAUACAUCCUGAACAUUUGCCCAAAACACGCCUCUGUCGAUCUUGGAAUGCAGGAGAAUCAACCAAUGAAUGAAAAAAUGUAACUAUAUUAUGUCUUGGUUCUGUCAAUGGACUUUUUGUUUAUAUACAUUGAAUCAACCAUUUUUAUAUCUCUUCUUCACUGGGCACGGGAGUUGUGAUAUCAGUGCUGUUGGAUGGUGUUGGCAUAGCUACAAGUAGUGACAUCAUGGUCAUAUCCGAUGAGUGUACUAGUCUUUGGGGUUGCAUGUGAACCAAUGCAGUAACUUUGUCCGAUCUGUUUUUAUUUGUAAUUUGGUCUCUGCUAGAGGCCUCGAAGUAGACCAAAUAACGGAGUGAAAAAAUAAUAUCCAUUUUCAUAUUACUGUCAUGGCAGGUGUUCCUAAUUUUUCUUCUAAAAAUAAAAAUAAAAAAUCUGUCCAAUUUG